AUGGGCGACUGGAGCUUCCUGGGGAACAUCCUGGAGGAGGUGAACGAGCACUCGACGGUGAUCGGGCGCGUGUGGCUGACGGUGCUCUUCAUCUUCCGCAUCCUCAUCCUGGGCACGGCGGCCGAGUUCGUGUGGGGCGACGAGCAGUCGGACUUCGUGUGCAACACGCAGCAGCCGGGCUGCGAGAACGUGUGCUACGACGAGGCGUUCCCCAUCUCGCACAUCCGCCUGUGGGUGCUGCAGAUCAUCUUCGUGUCCACGCCGUCGCUCGUGUACGUGGGCCACGCCGUGCACCACGUGCGCAUGGAGGAGAAGCGCAAGGAGCGCGAGGAGGAGCCGUGCGCGCGCGCGGGCGCGGGCGCGGGGGCCGAGGCCGAGCAGGCCAGCAUCCGCAAGAGCAGCAGCAGCAGCAAGGGCACCAAGAAGUUCCGGCUGGAAGGCACACUGCUGCGCACCUACGUGUGCCACAUCGUCUUCAAGACGCUCUUCGAGGUGGGCUUCAUCGUGGGCCACUACUUCCUCUACGGCUUCCGCAUCCUGCCGCUCUACCGCUGCAGCCGCUGGCCCUGCCCCAACGUGGUGGACUGCUUCGUGUCCCGGCCCACCGAGAAGACCAUCUUCAUCCUCUUCAUGCUCUCCGUGGCCUUCGUCUCCCUCUUCCUCAACAUCAUGGAGAUGAGCCACCUGGGCCUCAAGGGCCUCCGGUCGGCCUUCAAGAGGCCGGCCGAGCAGCCCCUGGGUGACCUCCCCGAGAAGCCCCUGCACUCCAUCGCCGUCUCCUCCAUCCAGAAGGCCAAGGGCUACCAGCUGCUGGAGGAGGAGAAGAUCGUCUCGCACUACUUCCCCCUCACCGAGGUGGGCAUGGUGGAAGCCAGCCCGCUGGCCGCCAAGCCCUUCAGUCCCUUCGAGGAGAAGCUGGGCGCCGGCGCCCUGGCCGACGUGCCCCGCGCCUACCCGGAGACCCUGCCUUCCUACGCGCAGGUGGGCGCGCAGGAGGCGCUGGGCGAGGAGCAGCCCGCCGCCGAUGGGGCCGAGCCCGAGGCGGAGAAGACCCCGGAGGAGCCCGUAGCAGCGCCCGAGGGGGAAAAGGCGGAGCCCCCCGGCGUGGGGAAGGAAGGCCCGAAGGAGGAGCUGCCGGCUGAGAAGAUGGCCAAGCCCGGGCUCCCGGCAGAGAAGGCCCCUUCACUGUGCCCGGAGCUGAGCGCUGACGACCCCAGGCCCCUGAGCAGGCUGAGCAAAGCCAGCAGCCGAGCUAGGUCAGACGAUCUGACCAUAUGA